AUGGGUAAGCAUGAAAGCGUGUUCAUGCGCAACGGAGACGAUUACUGCGUGACGAACGAUCUCUGCAUCGGCAGUGCCAAAAUCCCAGAUACGAUGGUCUUUUCUCGUGGACAACUCAGUCUUGAUACUCCUGGCCCUCCAGUUUUGACGAUUGUUCAGAUUCGCAGACGGAAGCCCUUUGAUGCAUGUAUGCAUGUGGAAACCAAGGAUGAUCUGCCACCCUUACCUCCCCCACCCCGUUCACGACCUCGGAGGAUUGAUCCAGCAGUCGAUGUAGAAGCACCCCAUGCCAACACAAAUACGGCGCUUAACGACGAAGAUGAUAUCGAUCACUUGGCUAGCGCGCCGACAUACACCCAAGGUUUGGAGCAGAACUUCGAGAUUCACGAAGAGACGGAGUUCUUCGAACGAAGUCUUGUGACUGCGGAGCUGAGGGUUGUUGCCAGGCUGUGGGGCUGGACACCACAGAGCACGACACUGACGGGACUCGACACCGUGAGUGUUUCGCCGAAUGGCCAACGGAUUGCAAUCUCACAGUGGGACCGUGUGCUCGUUUAUGCACUUGACCCUGUGGCACUAUGUGAACGACCAUUUGACUUUGAUCUCGAUGCUGCUGAUAGCAACGACGGAAGCUCUUCUGCGGCUGGAACUGACUGGGGCACCACCAGCGAUAGUGGUAGCGAAUCUGGGGAUGACGGUGACGCAAACAGCAACCAAGGGUUGGGCGUGCAAGUUGGUCCACUCCCACCAGCAGCAUCCACGAACAGCGAUCAUGCCCCCCCUCUCAAUGACCACUCCGCCUUCAGCAGUGGCUUGAGCAACAAUAACAUCUCCAACGACGACGCAGAUGCAGGCGAUAAUGUACACAUCGUUCAGUCUGUACAGCCAACAUCCAACUCUGAAAACAUAGUCGCUCCUCCCACUUCCACUCAAGGGCUACCACCACCCGAACCGAUUUCACCAGCAGUACCCGAACCACCAUCAUCGGCGUUUCCUCAGCCAGCUGCACCAAGUAGUCCCAAGAGCAGUGCUUCAACGUCACGAGCGAGCUCACAAAGCACAACAGCUUCAGCACGGCUCUUGAAGUUCUACCCCAAUACGCAUGAUGGAUUUCUGGGCAGGCGGGUAGUAGAACUGCGGCCCAUUGUGUUGAAGAUGGGACACGGUGCAGUGGUCAAAAAGAUGAUUUGGAGCGAGAACUCGACCUCAAGCGAUGCAGAGGGAGUGGAGGAGGGUGAGAUGGAGACUGAGACCGGGAAUGAAGGCCGAGUAAAGAAGGAAGAGGCCAGCGAUGAAGCCGCAGCACUGGAGGACAGUGACAGACAGCUCAAAGAGACGGAUGCUGAGGCAGAUUUCGUGGAAGCAGGACAAGAUGGUAGCUCAAACACGGAUCCUCCACCGUUACCUUCCAGCAACGACUCGGCAGAGUCUGAAGGGAGCGACACGCACUCCAUCGGUGCCCGAAACAUAAGCCAACAGUACACCUCCUCAACCUUCAUCGCCACAAAUGCCAAAGCCACGACGAGAAAGAAUAUACCCGCCACAUCAUCAACAACCAACGCCACUACCAUUCCAGAAGUAGGCUCGUCUAGCGGACUCACGCCUGAGUCGCGACUACAGAUAUCGGACUCGGAGCUUAAACACCAGAUCAGAUUCGUGAAGCGGCCGCCAGAAUACACGAUGGCAUUGAACAGCGAGAUCAUCGAUCUCGACAUCAAGGUCAGACGCAAGACGGAUGGCGGCGGCGGCGACGACCACGCAACGUUCUUAGCUGAUGAUGGAACACAUAACGACGACAGUGGAGAUGAGAAAAGAAAAGGAACUGAGCGAGAUGCCGAUACAGCACAAGACGAUGCAACCUCAACGUCAAAUCCAGAUUCAGAUUUAGCCAAUAAACACGACGAUGACAAUGAUGACAAUAAUGAUAAAGCCGAACCGACCAACAGGCCAGCGAGCCCUUCACACUCAACUGCAACCGCAGCAGCGGCCUCGUCAUCGUCGUCAACGCAACACCCAGCAUCAGCGGCCAGCUCGACGACCGAGCGGCCCAGGCCGAGAGCGAAGCGGCGGAGGCGGAAGAAGGCCAUGGAGAACGAACUGGUUGUGCUGACGGACCGCGACGUCCAGGUCUGGGACCUGGGUGUCUGGGGGACCGGGAAGCGCGUCGAGAGUGAAUUGAAAUUCCAGAGGGCUGAGUCGUGGUAA